AUGGAAAGCGAAGGUAGUAUCCAGCUCAAUACAAAGAAGAAUAAAAAAUCACAUUCAAAGAAAGCAUCAAAACAUAAAAAACGCAAACUCUCAACUCGAAAUGUAAAAAAAUAUUAUAAUAAUGGAGAUUCAUCUUCAGAUGCAUUUCUUUCAGACACUGAAUUAGAGAGUUCAAAUGCUGUAUGUGCAUGUUGCUAUGAAUGGAAUGAAGAAUUGUAUGAAUGCUAUCUCUGUAAUAGAAAAUAUCAUGAAGAUUGUCAUAUUCCUGAAAUCACUCACAGAAUUGAAAAUGAAACAGAAUGGCAGUGCACAUUAUGUGAAGACAUAACUGCUAUUUCAAAGGAUUUAGGAAAAGAUCAUGACGUCAAUAAUAUAUCCAUUGGUACGGUUGGACGAAAAAUUGUUGAGCGUAUGUUAAUGGAAUUAUUCUGUCAAUUCGCAGAAAUUGAUUAUUUCAGAAAUUCAACAAAUAAAGCUUUUUUUCGAGAGAAUUUAAAACACAAGACCGAAGAAAAUGGAUUAAACGAUAUUAGAAAUUUGUUGAGAAAAAAUAAUUAUUAUACAUCACUUGAUGUAUUUUUGGAAGACACAAAACAAGUAUUUGUUAAUGCUUUGUCAUGCUAUAGUGUUGGUCAUCCACAUUUUAGAUUAGCGACUAAACUUCUUAAAUUUCUCAACAUUAUGUAUAAUAAAUGGAUAAUGUCUACUUUGAAGAAAUCCUGGAAAAACAGAAAACAAAUGGCUGGCUGAAAUAUCACACAACGAACUUAAAAAGGAAAUAAUCUUGAACACAAAUGUUUUUCAUUAUAUACGACGUAUAUAUAGUUACAAAUUCAUGGAUUAUAUCGUAC